UCUAUCUGCUUCCAGGACCUACGCAAGGGGUCAAAGGUCGGUGGCGCGAGGCGGCCAGGCAGAGCGGCAUGGCGAAGCACCAUCCGGAUCUGAUCUUUUGCCGCAAGCAGGCGGGAGUCGCUAUUGGACGACUAUGUGAAAAAUGUGAUGGCAAGUGUGUUAUUUGUGACUCUUAUGUACGACCCUGCACACUGGUGCGUAUAUGUGACGAGUGCAACUACGGCUCUUACCAAGGGCGCUGUGUGAUAUGUGGAGGUCCAGGAGUGUCUGAUGCCUAUUAUUGUAAAGAAUGCACCAUCCAGGAAAAAGAUCGAGAUGGCUGUCCCAAAAUUGUCAAUCUGGGCAGCUCAAAAACAGAUCUCUUCUAUGAGCGAAAAAAAUAUGGCUUCAAGAAAAGGUGAUCCCACCUUCACCAUGGUGCACCUAAAGAAGACUAGGAGAAUUGCUACAAUAUCUUUGCAUUACAGUUUUACUGUAAAGCAGUUAGCUCUUUCUUGUUUUAUUUUCAGUCUUUACAGUUUGUAGAAAAACUAUUAUCUACAAUGGAAUAUGGAAAUUACUGGUUUGCAAGUCUUUCCUCAGCAGUAGCUAAUGUGACUGAAGGGUGCCAGUAUUGCCAUUAUAUCUGUCUCAGAAGAAAAUAGUUAAGAUUUCAGCCCCCCAUUACUUCCAGUUCAUACCUUGUUAAACAAACAACCUUAAUUUCUUUUGACUGAUGCCUUUAACUGUGAGUUAUGACCAAUCCUAUGUUUUCCCUGAAAGAAUAACCUGUCAAAGUUCUAUGUCUUUGUGGAUUAUGCAUCAAUAAAAUUUUAUAGUGUUUUUUGGCAUAA